AUGGUUCCCUUUUUUUCGAUCGUUUUAGAUUUGGCACUCCGCUGUCUGCGAAACGCGUAUACUGCAAACCCACAUUCUUUGGACCUUGCCGGUGUCCUAUUCGCUUUGUGUUGUCAUCAUCAGUGCACGUGGGAAGAGUGCGUUGGACGCCGGUGGUUGGAGCGUGACGCCGGUCUGAAUGCCAGAGAGUUCGCUAUUGCCACACGAUUGACCAGUUGGGCCACAUGUGGUUUCCAGCGUCGAUUGCCCAAGGAACAAGCGAUGCCAGACUCAUCGCAUCACCAACGGGACUGUUUUACUGAUGCGGCUGAACUGAUCCAACAUAGAGACGAAGCUGAAUCGUCGUCUUUUGACG